AGUGGGUUUAGAAUUAGAAGCGCUGUGAAUCUCUUUUCUUCUCCUCUAAAAUCCAACAUGGCUACUCAAAGACUCCAACAAGUCACUGCUCACCUCGCACCUUCUUUGGUCUCUGCUAGCAAGAUCGGCGUCAAGUCUCCUGAAGAUGUCGUCGUUGUUUCUGCUCUCAGAACUCCCAUCACCCGCGCUCGCAAGGGUGGUUUCAAGGAUACUCUUCCUGAAGAAAUGCUCUCUGCUGUCUUCAAGGCCACUAUUGAGAAGACCAAGAUCAACCCUGCUUUGAUCGACGAUAUCUGUGUUGGCAACGUCUUGCCUGCUGGUGGCGGUGCCACUGCUGCUCGUAUGGCCGCUCUUCACGCUGGUUUCCCUGAGACCACCUCUAUCAACACCACCAACCGUCAAUGCUCCUCUGGUCUCCAGGCUUGCGUUCAGAUCGCCACCGCCAUUCAAUCUGGUUUGAUUGAGGUCGGUAUUGGUGCCGGUGUUGAGUCUAUGACCCACAACUAUGGUGCUGGCGCUAUGGGUUCUACCUCUGAGAAGGUUGCUUCUGAAUGCGAGGCUGCCGCUGACUGCCUUGUCCCCAUGGGUAUUACCUCCGAGAAUGUUGCCAAGGAGUUCCAAAUUACCCGUGCUAAGCAAGAUGCUUUCGCCGCUGCUUCUCACCAAAAGGCUGUUGCCGCUCAAAAGGCUGGUUUGUUCGAUGCCGAAAUUGUUCCCGUUAAGGUUGUCGUCACCGACAAGGAGGGUAACGAAAAGGAAGUCGUUGUUAAGAGUGAUGACGGUGUUCGUCCCGGUACCACUGCCGAAUCCCUCGCUAAGCUCAAGCCUGCUUUCGACGAAGCCGGUUUCACCACCGCUGGUAACGCCUCCCAGGUUUCUGAUGGUGCUGCCGCUGUUUUGCUCAUGAAGCGCAAGACUGCUGAGAAGCUUAACUUGCCCAUCAUUGGAAAGUACAUUACCUCCGCUGUUGCUGGUGUCCCUCCCCGCGUCAUGGGUAUUGGACCGGCUUAUGCUGUCCCCAUCGCUGUUGAACGCGCUGGCAUUAAGAUCUCCGACCUUGACAUUGUCGAACUCAACGAAGCCUUCGCCUCCCAAGCCGUCUACUGCGCUGAGAAGCUCAACAUCCCCUUCGAGAAGAUCAACCCCAAGGGUGGUGCUAUUGCCUUUGGUCAUCCUCUCGGAUGCACUGGUGCCCGUCAGGUCGCCACCUUGCUUCCUGAGUUGAAGCGACAGGGCAAGAAGAUUGGUUGCACUACCAUGUGCAUUGGUACUGGUAUGGGCAUGGCUGCCAUCUGGGAAAGCGAGUAAACUUAUGUUCGCUAUUAUACCUGUUUGAAAUAUAUAUAUAUAAAGACCAAAAAAAUAUGCUGCCGCAAGAACAUGCCAGCCGAACCUUUUUAAAAACCAACUCCUUUCAACGCUUGGGUCGUUUUCAUAAUAACAAUAAACCCCACUUUUUGUAGUAUAUUUCUUUAAUCUCAUAUGCUGUGUCUCAUUGUUUUUUUUUUUUAUAAAGUCUCAGUGUUUAUUGGCAUACACA